CCGAGGCCAGAUCCCAUCCCCAUCGCCGUUCGAAAAAUUUCAAAUCCCCCUCUCCCUCUCUCUGUGUCUCUCUCCUCCUCUUCUCCCCAACGUCUCUCUCUCCUCGCUCUUUCUCCUCGCUCUCUCUCCGCCCGCGGCCUCUGCAGCCAUGAGGUCGCUCUUCUCGCGGAACGCGCGCCACCCCACCACGCCCCUGCCCCCCUCCUUCUCCGGCGGCGGCGGCGGCGGCGAGACCCCGCCGCGGCGCCGCACCCCCAAGGAGAACGUUGACCCCGUUUCCUACUCCUCCCCGGCGCACCACCAUCACUCCGCCAACGACCACGCCGCCUCCCCCUUCCGCUCCCCGUCCCCCGCCGCCAAGCCGCUCUCCGCCCGCAACCGCCUCCCCCCGCGGCCGCCGUCCUUGAACCCGCUCAAGCGGAAGCUCGACGUCUCCUCCGCGGCGGCGGCGGGCCCGGCGCACGACGCCGCAUCCGCACCCGACUCCGGCGUCCAGGUGGUAGUGAGGAUACGGCCGCCGUGCCGGAUGGAGGAGGAGGAGGCGGGAGAGGAUGGGCAGGAGACUGAGGCCUGCGUGCGCAAGACAGCCGUCAACUCGGUCGCGAUCCAGGGACAGGACUUCACGUUCGAUGCGGUCGCCGACGCGAUCUCCACGCAGGACGAUAUCUUCAACCUUGUUGGGCUGCCACUUGUUGAAAAUUGCUUAUCGGGUUUCAACAGCUCGAUAUUUGCCUACGGACAGACUGGCAGUGGAAAAACCUACACUAUGUGGGGCCCUUUGUCUGCGCUGUCAGAAGAUUCAAUAAGCAGCGAGAGGGGGCUGACACCUCGCGUAUUUGAGCAGUUAUUCUCCCGCAUUAAAGAAGAACAAGUUAAACAUGCGGAUACAGAGCUAACUUACAGCUGCAUCUGCUCUUUUCUAGAGAUCUACAAUGAACAGAUAACUGAUUUGCUAGAUCCAUCGCAGAAGAAUCUUCAGAUUAGAGAGGAUGUCAGAACUGCUUGUGUUUAUGUUGAAUCAUUGACAAAACAGUUCGUUUUCACUAUGAAGGAUGUAACUCAGUUGUUGGUGAAGGGCCUAGCAAAUCGGAGGACUGGGGCAACAAGUGUGAAUGCAGAUAGCUCACGCUCGCAUUGUGUUUUUACAUGUGCCAUAAAAUGUGAAUCAAAGAACCCAGAGGAUGGCUCAAGCAGCACAAGAUCAAGCAGGAUAAACUUGGUAGAUCUUGCUGGAUCAGAGCGGCAAAAACUAACACAUGCAGCUGGGGAUCGACUAAAAGAAGCUGGAAAUAUAAAUCGCUCACUUUCACAGCUUGGAAAUUUGAUUAAUAUACUGGCCGAAAUAUCACAAUCUGGAAAACAAAGGCACCAUGUGCCAUAUCGUGAUUCCAAGUUGACAUUUCUAUUACAAGAAUCCCUAGGAGGCAAUGCAAAGCUUGCAAUGAUUUGCGCUGUUUCGCCAUCACAAAGCUGUAAGAGUGAAACAUUAAGCACUCUUAGAUUUGCUCAACGUGCUAAAGCUAUAAAAAACAAUGCUAUUGUUAAUGAAGAAAAAGUCGAAGAUGUAAAUGCUCUGCGCGAGCAAAUCAGGCAGUUGAAGGACGAACUUCACCGAAUGAAGUCUAAUGGGAGUUUAGAAGGAAACAAUGGCAGUUUUUCCACUGGAUGGAAUGCUAGGCGCAGUUUGCACCUGCUUAAAAUGAGCUUGGGUCGUCCUUCAACAUUCCAAACUAUCAAAGAAGAUAGUGACGAGGAAAUGGAAAUUGAUGAAAAUGACGUUGAGAAGCCGUACAAUCAUGAAAAUAUGGUAAUGUCUCCUACUGGAGGUAAAGAAUAUAAAGGCUUAUUGCAAGCUUCAACGGAGAUACGUACUGGCCCUUCACAUGUUGACGCUCUUGAUGGGGAUAAGAAUUUGGUAUCCACAAAAAGGUCCUGCUCCGUUGCUAACAAAUUUAGCAGUGGUACUGACGGUGGAGAUGGCAGAUGCAAGUUGAACCUUGCCGCCAGUAUACAGAGGGGACUUCAAGUUAUUGAAAGCCAUCAAAACAAUGGUGCAUGGAGGAGAGCAUCGGUUGGGUUAAAUGCUAGAAUCAUGGAUGUUCAGCCUUGCAAGGUUGAUGUAGCAAUUCAGACAGAUCCUGAAGAAUCUGAAGCCAGAGAUAAUCCUCUAGCUCUAAUUCCUAGUUGUCUGCAUGAAGCUUCCGCAAAUGAGAGUAGGGAUCCCAAUUCUUGCAGGGAUCUACAAUUAGUGCCAGCUGAUGGGGCAGUACCAUCUGAUGAACAAAAACAGCAACAUGUUCUGAAAGCUGUGGAGAAGGUCCUGGCUGGAGCUAUCAGGCGAGAGAUGGCACGCGAUGAACAGUGUGUGAAGCAAGCUGCAGAGAUUCAACAACUAAAUCGUCUGGUGCAACAGUAUAAGCAUGAACGUGAAUGCAAUGCUGUAAUUGCACAAACACUUGAAGGAAAAAUUGCUAGGCUUGAAAGUCUUAUGGAUGGAACUUUACCAACUGAAGAAUUCAUGAAUGAAGAGUAUCUAUCACUUGUGAAUGAGCACAAGAUCCUCAAAAUGAAAUAUGAAAACCAUCCUGAACUUUUACGUGUUGAAAUUGAGCUAAAGAGACUCCAGGAGGAAUUGGGCAUAGUUAGGAAUUGUGUUGAUGAGAAAGAAGUUCUACAGGAGGAGAUACAGGAUCUGAAAAACCACAUGCAUUAUAUGCUUUCAUCAUCCUCAUCAAUUCGUAGACUCCGGUUUCCGCUGCGAUUGUCUCAGGGAACUACUUCACCUGGAACGAAAGAUAAAGAUGUUGAUACUAAUGUUGGGGACGCUCCUGAUUGGACUGAAGCUGAGAGUAAAUGGAUUACACUCACAGAAGAGCUUAGAGUUGAACUCGAAGCAAAUAAAUCACUUGUUGGAAGGUUGCAGUCAGAAUUGGAUUCUGAGAAGAAAUGCUCAGACGAACUCAAGGAGGUAAUACAAACAGCAAUGCAGGCACAUGCAAGAAUCCUGGAUCAGUAUGCUGAACUUCAAGAGAAGCAUAUUAGCUUGCUUGCUUUGCAUAGGAGGAUACGUGAAGAUGUUGACGAUGUAAAGAUGAGAGCAGCAAAAGCUGGUGUCAAGGGUGCUGAAUUACGGUUCAUCAACUCCCUUUCUGCUGAAAUUUCAGUUCUUAGAGCUGGAAAUGAAGGCCUGCAGGGUCAGCUAAGGGAUACUGCUGAAGCUGUUCAAGCAGCUGGUGAAUUACUUGUACGAUUGAAGGACGCAGAGGAAGCCGAAAAACUAGCCAAGAGACGGGCCUUGUUGGCGGAGCAAGAGACGGAGAAAGCCUACCAGGAGAUUGACAACUUGAAAAAGAAUUAUGACCAGGAAAUCGUUGCUCUAAACCAGCGUCUUUCAGAGUUAUCUCAGCACACUGACGCUGUACAGCCAGCAGAACCUAUCGAUCUCGAGCCUGCUAGGUAUGACACAGCCGGGAGCCCCGGUGACCAGCAGUGGCGGGAGGAGGAAUUCAGCACCUUACAACAAGGCAGGUCCUUUGAGGUCUCCAAGAGCACGGACCUCAACUCGUGGUUUUACGGGUACGACAAAUGUAACAUUUGAGGAUGCACUGCUUAAUCUGUCCAGUCCUAUUUUGUACCAUUGAAAGGUGGUUGUAGUAGUAUGUUGUAAGAAGGGACCCCUGAAGAUGUGUCUCCUCACCGUCUUGUGAGGUGCACGCAGAUUCUUCGGAUCAUCGAAAAAGCUGUAUGCUGUCCUGUAAAUCUAGAUGGACAUUUGUUACGUUACAAGAGCGGCGGCGAUGUUAUGUUACUGUAUCUUGCAAGUAAAGCUCAAGUUGUUCGUCAUGCCAAUGUGUGUGUGUAGCCUUAGUUAUGGCUGGCAGCGUCUAGCCAGGUAUCUCCUGCGUCUCCCUUUUUGUUUGUGGUGCAGCACUGGAACUGUUAUCUGGUCCUGGUAGCAUGUG